AUGCUGUACCAAUCAACCAACGGCACUAAUGGCAUCAAUGGUUUCCAUGACAGGAACGGCGACAACAACGUUCAUGGCACCAAUGGUCACCGUUCUGGUGACGUUCAAUCCACGAACUCAGAUGAUAUGUCAAACUCGAUCGCGAUAGUCGGUAUCAGCUGCAAAUUUGGAGGCGCGGCAUCCAAUCUUGAUGGCCUAUGGCACACUCUAGCCAACGGCGAAAGUUGCUGGUCGCCGAUUCCCAAGAGCCGCUUCGACGUCUCUAACACAUACCACCCGGACCCAUUACGGACUGACAGUCUCCAUGUGAAAGGCGGCUUCUUUAUUGACGAAGAUCUGACUAAGUUCGAUGCGCCUUUCUUCAAUCUUACAGCGGACGCGGCCAAGGCCAUGGACCCCCAGCUGAGGCUACUUUUGGAAGGUGUAUACCAGGCGACCGAAGAUGCGGGUAUACCCACCGAGAAGCUCUCCGGCUCAAACACUUCUGUCUUCUCAGCAAGUUUCGGCAGAGACUAUACAGAAAUGUUGAUGAAAGAUGCGGAAGCACUCCCUACGUCUCUAGUCACUGGAAAUGGCCCAGCGAUGUUCGCAAACAGAGUUUCGCAUUUCUACAAUCUCAGAGGACCUAGUGUGACUGUGGAUACGGGAUGUUCGGGUGGUCUAGUAGCCCUGCACAUGGGUGUCAACAGCAUUCGAAAUCGAGAAUCGGAUGUUUCCAUCGUUGGAGCUUCGAACGCGAUAUUGAAUCAGGACUUCUUCAUCGCCAUCUCGAACCUCGGGUUACUACAUGAAGAUGGACAAUGCUAUUCCAUGGAUCAUCGCUGGGGUGGCUACGGCAGGGGCGAGGGAAUGGCGGUAUUGGUCUUGAAGAAGUUCUCCGCGGCGGUGAAGGACGGCGAUCACAUUCACGCUGUGAUACGCGAAUCAGCUGUCAACCAGGACGGCAGAACCGGAACGAUAACCUCUCCAUCCAUGGACGCACAGCGAUCGUUGAUUCAACAAUGUUACAGCCGGGCAGGAAUCGAUCUCGCAUCCACAGGCUACGUGGAGGCUCACCUAACAGGAACCGGAGGCGAUGCGAUCGAAGCCGAAGCCCUGGCGAGAACUUUUGGAAAGUCGAGAGAGGCUUGCGAUCCCGUCUGGGUCGGCUCUGUCAAGAGCAACAUUGGACAUACCGAACCGGUCAGCGGACUAGCAGCGGUCAUUAAAGCAGCUCUCAUACUACGCCACAAGCAGAUCCCUGCUAAUGUUACGUUCGAGAAAGCCAACCCGAAUAUUCCGCUGCAGGAUUGGAAAUUACGGGUUCCGACGUCUCUGACCCCGUGGCCUCGAGAUAAGCCAUUGAGGAUAUCCGUCAACAAUUUUGGUUACGGCGGCACGAAUGCACACCUUAUCCUCGACGCGCCCCCGGGUCCUGACAUACCACACAAACACGCAUCCUCAAAUGGCAAUGGCGAAAGCGUCAACGGCAAUGCGGGCAACGGAGUCGAUCAUCGUCCUCACAGAUCCACUGAGGCACCAUCUCUGAUCUAUAUAUUGAGCACCAGAGAUGAAGCCGGUACAGUCAAGAGAAGUAAAGACUUGGCAAAGUACAUGCGCAACGCCCUCCACUCUGGAGAGGCUCCAUCACCUGAUGAUCUGGCGUACACGCUGUCUGAGCGCAGAUCGAGGUUGCCAUGGAUAAUCGCUGUCAAGGCUCGCAGCCUGGAGCAGCUAGCAGAGAUUUUGGAAGACCCGCGCCGGCAGCCAAUCCGGGCAUCGUCUUCACCGGUCCGAAUAGGCUAUGUCUUCAAUGGCCAAGGAGCUCAAUGGUACGCUAUGGGUCGCGAACUCAUGAGCACAUCAGAGGUGUUCAGUUCAUCGAUCGAUCAAGCAGAGACACACUUGCGAGCCUUUGGUGCACUUUGGUCACUGAGAGAAGAGUUAUUGCGAGAUGCGAGAAGUACCAAGGUUCACGAGGUCGAGCUCAGUCAACCGCUCAGUGUCGUUGUUCAGCUGUGCUUGGUAGACUUGCUGCGGUCUUGGAACAUAACCCCAUCUGCUGUGGUCAGUCACUCGAGUGGCGAGAUAGCGGCAGCCUAUGCAGCAGGCGUGCUUUCAUUCCAAGAAGCUGUUGGAGUCGUAUAUCACCGAGGGCGACUUGCCAAGAAGUACCAGAAACUUGCAGCACUCUCUGGCGGCAUGAUGGCUGUUGGUCUCGGUGUUGAAGAAGUACAGGAGUACCUUAGCGACGUCUCAUCCAAGGGUCGAGUGGUAGUUGCUUGCAUCAACAGCCCGUCUAGCGUUACGAUCUCUGGUGACUUGGACGCCUUGGAAGAAGUAGCAACUCGUUUGGAGGCAGACGAUGUUUUCGCGCGAAAGCUGAAGGUGCCAUUGGCCUACCACUCACAUCAUAUGGAGUUUAUGGCUGAGGAGUAUCAAAGUUGCCUGGAAGAGGUUCUCGGACCCAUUCAAGAAGGCAGGCUGGAUGUCACUUUUGCAUCCCCGGUCACGGGCGGCAUUAUCACUUCGCGUUCAGCAUUCUCCGCCGCACACUGGGUACGCAACCUGACCAGUCCUGUUCUGUUCUCUAGCGCAUUGGAGUCCAUGGUCUUUGGGUCGGCCGAAGUUCACAGCGAACCGCGGACGUUGCCAGCGUCAAGUCGCCAGGUUUCCGUCUUCCUAGAAAUUGGUGCGCACGAUACCUUGUCCGGCCCAGUCAGACAAACACUGCGCGAGACACGGAUUCCAUAUCUUUCUUGUCUGAAAAGGCCUCUGAACGCGGUCGACACGAUGCAAGACGUUGCUUGUGCGUUAGUGGCGCGAGGCUACCCAGUACAUCUCGUGGCAGUGAACAAGCGGCGGUCAACCCUCUCACACCAACCAAAGUACGUCUCCAACCUUCCAGAGUACCCAUGGAACCAUCAAACCGCCUAUAAACUUGAGCCUCGGGCUUCCGAAGAGCACAGACUCAAACGCUUCAAGCCUCACGAGUUACUUGGUAGGCUCAUUCCCGGUACAAACCCCAUCAGUCCAACUUGGCGCAACUUUCUUCGCACAACUGACAUUCCUUGGUUGGUCGAUCAUCAGCUGGAGUCGAGUGUGGUUCUGCCAGGCGCAGGAUAUGUGUCAAUGGCUAUUGAAGCGAUGCGUCUGUUCAAAGGGAACCAUAGCCAAGAUGCAGCUGGGUUGCAGUACCACCUGCGAGACGUAGACAUUGUCAAUGCUCUUAUGAUCCCGCACACGUCAAGCUCGUCGAGCAGAGGAAUAGAGAUCCAUUUCUCACUUCGCCCCUGCAGCGACAAGGACUUGGACAGCACAGAUUGGUACGAAUUUGAGUUGUGGUCGGUCAGCGCCAAACAUUCCUGGAUACAGCACUGCAAGGGCGGCAUUUCGGCCAAAGCGGCCAAUAGCUCACGUCUAUUGGAAACAUCCAAAAUCAUGUCUGGCCUUGAACCUUCCCGGUUGGAGCACACCAAGAAUAUAGAGCCCGAGACUCUGUAUCAGCGUUUGCGAGACUCAGGCUUCCAACACGGUCCAACGUUCCAGAACAUCAUCAGCAGUCGCGUUGCUGGUGAAAGGUCGGAAACAGAAUUCUCUGUUGCUCCAGCGGCCUUUGAACGCGAACAGCAAUACGUGAUACACCCAACGACACUGGACUCAAUUUUCCAGUGCUGCUAUGCGACUCUGCCUGUAGAUCUUACAAAAGACGCGAUGUUUAUUCCUCGAUCGAUACGAAGGGUUACCGUACCUUCGCAGCUCGGUACACAUGCAAGCCAAAGGCUGUUCGCAAACUUGAACUGUCUAUCAUCAAGUCCCAAAGGGUCACUUUUCGAAGGUCUCGUAUACGCCGCAGGAGACGAUGAAUCUGUCGUUGCUGGCGAACCCCAGACAGCCACGUUCGAGAUCGAGCAAUUCCGUCUCCAACGAGUCACCCAAGCGGCAACGACUGCCCAAGAUGCAAAGGCAUCGCACCCACCGAUUCAUUCAAAGAGCCGAUGGGAACUUGAUAUCAAUUACACGGUCCCAGAUGGUAUUAGAGAGUCAAUGAAGAUCUUCUUGACCCAGCCUGAGCUAGCAUUCGCCAGAAACGUCCGCGAAGUCGCUUACCACCAUAUCGCUAGAGCUCUAGAGCAGCUGGGAGCAAAGGCGGACGAUAAGUGGACUUGGUAUCACAAGAGAUUCUUCGAAUGGAUGGGUGCAGUCAUCCAGGUAGCCGAUAAUGGUACUCUGAUGUCUGGAAGCGACUCGUGGUCCAGGAGAAGCGAGACUUUCAUCCAAAGCCUUUGCCUUGAGGUGGCGUCAGCGAAUGCGUCUGGAGAAAUGGUCCAUCGCAUUGGAAAACAUUUGUGUGACAUCAUCCAGGGCAAGCUGACACCUUUGGAGCUGAUGAUGGAAGACGGACUUCUCAAUCGCUACUACGAAGAACUACCGCAACUAUGCAACGGCUCUUACAAGCACCUCCGAAAAGUGGUUGAGCUCUACUCUGUCGUAGAGCCUGGUGCCAAAGUUAUCGAGAUUGGUGGCGGAACUGGCGGAGCAACGUCCGUCGCUUUGGAUGCUUUCGCUGCCCGAUCGGAGGAGGGGCAAGGUGCUACACUACUCGGACACUAUGACUUCACAGAUAUCUCUUCAGGAUUUUUCGGUGCUGCGAAGACCAAGUUUGCGGCUUGGGAAGACAAGAUGAGCUAUUCCAAGCUCGACAUAGAGCAAGAUCCUUUAGAACAAGGUUUCGCAGCUCAGAGUUACGACCUUGUAGUAGCUUCACAUGUGCUACAUGCGACAACAAGCUUGAAACGUACGUUAUCGCAUGUCCGCAAGCUAUUACGGCCGGGAGGCCAGCUUGUUCUACUCGAAGGAAACCAAGAUUCGCUCGAUGUUCAGUUGAUCUUCGGGACCGUGGAAAAAUGGUGGUUGAGCGAGGAGCCUGAACGCCAAACAUGCCCCUACGUCAACCUCAAUGUGUGGGAUGAGGCUUUGAAAGCAGCGGGCUUUACUGGCAUAGAGUUUGAGAUAGGAGACUGCGAAGAUCCUGAGGUCCAAUUUACCAGCACCAUCUUGACGCACGCCAAGAACCAGGACCCGUUGUAUCCAUCCUCGAUUUCUCUCGUUGUACCGUCAACUUUGGAGCCGCAGGCCUGGCUAGAUCAAGUCGCUAGUACUGUACAACGCGUCACCGGAUCGGCGCCCUCAGUGGAGACUUUCGAGGAAGUUGAAGCAAAUGAUGACCGUCUGCUCAUCGUGGCGCUCGACCAUCAUACACCCUUCAUCGACACCAUGGACGACAAAGCAUUUGAGAAACUUCGGUAUCUCUUGCUUCGUUCUAAAGGCAUCCUCUGGUUAAGCUUUGGUGGAGCAGUUGACAACGAGGAUCCACGCUUUGCUCAGAUGGCUGGUCUGUUUAGGACUCUGCGACGCGAAGAUCCAAGUAAGCGAUAUGUUCGAUUGGCAUGUGAGCGACCACAGCAAUCGUGGCCAACAGAAACACUGCAGAUGCUGGCGCACGUGUUGCAGCAGAGUUUCGACUAUGGCCCAUCCGGUAAUGCCAACUUGGACUGGGAAUAUUCUGUGAAAGACCAAGGCCUGUAUGUUCCUCGUCUGUAUCCAGAUCUUGCGCAGGAUAGGGCUGCUAGUGGAGGCGACCAACCUCCUUACCUGCAAGACUUCAGCUAUUCCAACAAAACACUGAGGCUUCAACGAACACGCAGCGGUGUAUCCGGUAUCGGAUCCUGCUUUGUGGAAACAUCCAGCACGGUGGAAGAUUUGCCGAGCGGAUUGAUUGAGAUCGAGCCGAAAGCUUUUGGCCUGAACAUAGUAGAGGCAAUUGAAGACGACGAUCCGGCCGCUCAUGAAGGCAGCGGUGUCGUUAGAAGGCUUGGUCCAGACACAAAAGAUUCCGGCCUAUGUGUUGGUGAUCGAGUCUGCGGUAUCUUUAGAGGCCCCAUAAGCAAUGUCAGCCGCGCUCACUGGACAUGCGUCGUCAAAAUUCCCAACGAUCUUACUUGGGAGGAAGCUGCAUCCGCACCAUAUGCGUGUUCGACCGCUUGGUUGGCUUUGCGCAAUAUCGCAAGAUUACAGAAGCAUGAGCGAGUGCUAUUACACUUUGUUACGGCAGGUGUUAAUCGAGCUGCUCUUGCCUUGGCGCAGAACAUCGGAGCCGAGGUCUUUGUCACUUGCGCAACAGAUGAAGAGCGCAAUAUUCUGCUAAGAGAUUACAACGUCUCCAGUAGCCAUAUCUUGCCUAGCGAAGCCGCUUCUGUUGUUGCUGCUAUCAUGUCCCAGACCGAUGGUCAAGGUGUGGAUGUGACGCUGAGCUCUGUCGGCGGGUCAUUGCUGAAGGCAUGCUGGGAGUGUACUGCCCCAUUUGGCCGCUUCAUACAACUUGGCAGGGCCGACUUAGAAAAGUCGAAGCACCUUGAUAUGACGCCGUUUGGCCGUGGGGUCUCCAUGACAGGCCUUGAUACCCUGCAAUACAGCGAUAUGAGAGGCACGAUAUUCCACAGGGCAUUAGCAGAAUCCAUUGAGUUGUUGCAGCACGAAAGAGCUAGGCUCGCUACAUCAGCCAAAGUCUUCCGGCUGGACGAGGUCGACAAAGCUUUUGAGCAUAUCCGAGGUGGGAGCCACUUGGGCAGUGCUGUCAUUCUUCCACAGCCUGGUGAUGAGGUGCAUGUCAUCCCCAAGACUAAACCUUCGCUUGGCCUCGACUCUCCGGACUCUACCUAUCUGAUCAUUGGAGGUCUUGGAGGUAUCGGACUUGCCGCAGCUUAUUGGAUGAUGGAACAGGGGGCCAGAAAUUUGAUGAUAGUCUCCCGCAAUGCUGUGGCUCACCCAAAAGGGUUGGCGUUGGCUCAAGAAGGAAGUAAGUACGGUUGCAAUGUCUACUUGCGCAACUGUGACAUUUCCGAUGGAGAGUCCGUCCGUAGUCUCCUGGCGAAAGUGAGGGAAGAGCUACCUCCAAUCCGCGGGGUUUUUCAAAUCGCCGCAAUACUCGACGACACGGUCUUUGAGCGCAUGAUGUUCGAACAAUGGCAGAAAGCUAUCGGCCCCAAAGUCACCGGCACCUGGGCCCUUCACCACAACUUGCCAGGCCUGGAUUUCUUCAUCACGACCUCUUCCGCCACAGGAGUUCUGGGUAACGUGUCACAGAGUAAUUAUACUGCUGGUGGUACGUUUCAAGAUGCAUUCGCGCGAUACCGCACGUCACUCGGCCUGCCCGCUGUGACAAUCGAUCUUGGUCCAAUCGAUGAUGUUGGGUACGUCGCACAAGGUGGAGAUGCAGUGAAGAUGCGCGUGGAGAAGGCCCUUGGCAUGAAGUGUUUGCCCAUCGCCCAUGUAUUGCGACUGUUUGAAGAUGCAAUCAGGAAUCCAAACCGACGCCGUACCGAGAACAGCCAGGUCAUUACCUGUAUUUCUGGGUACCGCAACUUGGUGGAUGAUCCAGCGGUGAGGAAAGACCGCCGAUUGGGAACUCUGCGAUUGGGCGAUGCCACCGCGACAGAAGCCUCGGUCCAUUCACAGUCCGAAUCAUCGAAGAACAUCGAUGGCCUGGUGUCUCAGUUGUCGACAGAAUCGUUGUCCGAAAGCAGGUCAAAGGAGGUCAUCGUGGACCUACUGGUAGCCAAGGUUGCCGAGUUGUUCAAUUUGGAGAAGAGUGACAUCGACACUGGUGAUGCUCUGACAAGCAUUGGCGUUGAUUCUCUGGUUGCUGUAGAUUUUCGGAACUGGUUGGGUAGCGUUGUCAAGGCCAAAGUCAGCAUCUUCGAAAUCCUCCAGACAGCGUCGCUGGACGAAUUUUCUAGUCUGAUAGAGGAUUAUGCAUUCGGUUUCGUUACAAGCUUCAAGUGGAGCAACCACGCGACGCCCGGCUCUUAUUUAAUCCGGGCUCCGAUAGUCCGAUGGCUUCUGAUGAAGCUCCGCGCUCCGAUGCACGCCAUAGGUCAGAUGUGUUCAGCUGAACCGCAGGACGCCCUGAACACAACCGCAACCCUCCACCACGUAACUCACCUCCCGCGGUCGAUUUCCUUCGCCAGUGCCGUCUCCCAGCUCCACAACCACGAACUCCUCAUCCGUCUCGACCCUGAAUAUGCUUCUCACGAAACCAUCCCCUCGGACCCCUCCACCCCAGCGGCCAAAUGCUACAGAAUCACCGACCACAUGAAUGCGCUUCCCGCAGGUCUGUGGGACACAACUGUCAAGUUUGACGCGCAUAUGACGGAUCUGGAUGAUGGAGUGUUGUGGAUCAUUAAAGCGCCGCUGGGACUAACGCAACGGACCACUUGGAGGUGCUUGAGGACGGACACUUUGGAGGAGGCAGACAGGGCUGAGGGCGUCGAGGACAGUGAAUGGAGUUUAGUGGAGGAUGUGGAGAUCAAGGCAAAUAGGAUGUUGGUUGGAACAGUCAAGGGAAAAUGCGAGGAAAACUGGCCAGGAGCACAUGGCAAGUUUUUGAAGCAUUUGAUGGCGGAGGGUGGGGAGACGAAGGCAUAAUGAGGAGUUGGAGCAGCCUUGGAGAGAUUAGUUUUACUUGUACAGGUACUGGAGGCGUUCUGAGCUCGCCCCACAGUCAUGCGUGACCUGUUCAGUAUAUAAUUCCUACUACAAAGAACGUACUCCAGUUUUGAG